GGCUCUGUACACAUACGAGGAUGGCUCCGAUGACCUCAAGCUUGCAGCAUCAGGAGAAGGGGGUUUGCAGGAGCUUUCUGGCCACUUCGAGAACCAGAAAGUGAUGUAUGGCUUCUGCAGCGUCAAGGACUCCCAGGCGGCCCUGCCAAAAUAUGUGCUCAUCAACUGGGUUGGUGAAGAUGUGCCUGAUGCCCGGAAGUGUGCUUGCGCCAGCCAUGUGGCUAAGGUGGCUGAAUUCUUCCAGGGUGUUGACGUAAUUGUGAAUGCCAGCAGUGUGGAAGACAUCGAUGCCGGUGCCAUCGGGCAGCGGCUCUCCAAUGGACUGGCACGGCUCUCCAGCCCAGUAUUGCAUCGGCUGCGGCUUCGGGAGGAUGAGAAUGCUGAGCCGGUGGGCACUGCCUACCAGAAGACAGACGCAGCCGUGGAGAUGAGGCGGAUUAACCGCGAGCAGUUUUGGGAGCAGGCCAAGAAGGAGGAAGAGCUGAGGAAGGAGGAGGAGCGGAAGAAAGCCUUGGACGCCAGGCUCAGGUUUGAACAGGAACGGAUGGAGCAGGAACGGCAGGAGCAGGAGGAACGAGAGCGGCGUUACCGAGAGCGGGAGCAGCAGAUUGAAGAGCACAGGAGGAAACAGCAGACUCUGGAAGCUGAGGAGGCCAAGAGGAGGCUAAAGGAACAGUCUAUCUUUGGUGACCAGCGAGAUGAAGAGGAAGAGUCCCAGAUGAAGAAGUCAGAAUCCGAGGUGGAGGAGGCAGCAGCCAUUAUUGCCCAGCGGCCUGACAACCCGCGGGAGUUCUUCCGACAGCAGGAACGAGUUGCAUCGGCUUCUGCUGGCAGUUGUGACGUGCCCUCACCUUUCAACCACCGACCAGGCAGCCACCUGGACAGCCACCGGAGGAUGGCACCUACUACCAUUCCCACCCGGAGUCCCUCUGACUCCAGCACAGCCUCCACUCCUGUCACUGAACAGAUUGAGAGGGCCCUGGAUGAGGUUACAUCCUCGCAGCCUCCACCCCCACCUCCACCACCCCCUCCAGCUCAAGAGGCCCCGGAGUCAACCACCAGGCUGGAUGGUGAAGAGACCAGCAAGGAGGCCAAGGCAGCAGCAAGCCCUGGGGCCUGGGCUGGCUGCUCAGAGGAGCCCCCUCAGGCACAGGAACCUCCCCUGGUGCCAAGCAGCCCCAUGGAGGACUUCGUGUGCACAGAAUCCCCAGAGCAGGCUGUCCUGGGUGCCCCUGCCGAGCCUGCUGCCUCUGCCGCCUCAGUAGCUGAUGCCCACGUGGCUGACACCAUUGAGACCUCCACUGCCACUACUGACACCACUGUUGCCAACAAUGUCACCCCUGCCGCUGCCAGCCUCAUUGAUCUAUGGCCUGGCAAUGGGAAAGAGGCUUCAGCACCUCAGGCUGAGCCCAGGGUGCCCACACCACCCUCAGGUGCUGAGGCCUCCCUGGCAGAGGUACCUCUGCUGGAUGAAGCAGCUCAGGAGCCGCAGCCACCAGUGGGUGAGGGCUGUGCCAACCUUCUUAAUUUUGAUGAGCUGCCAGAACCUCCAGCCACCUUCUGUGACCCUGAGGAGGAAGGAGAAGGGGGGGCGCUGGGUGCCUCCCAGGUCCUAACUAUGCCCUCAGCUCUAGAGGAGGUAGACCAGGUCCUGGAGCAGGAGCUGGAGCCAGAGCCUCACCUGCUGACCAAUGGAGAGACCACUCAAAAGGAGGGGACCCAGGCCAGUGAAGGAUACUUCAGUCAAUCACAGGAGGAAGAGUUCGCCCAAUCAGAAGAGCCGUGUGCAAAGGCUCCACCUCCUGUAUUCUACAACAAGCCUCCAGAGAUCGACAUCACCUGCUGGGACGCAGACCCAGUACCGGAAGAGGAAGAGGGCUUCGAGGGUGGUGAUUAAUAGUGGCAACUGUCCCCCGGCUGCCUUCGCCAAGGCUGCCCACCUGCGGUAGCCUCUGGCCAGACGGCUUGCAGCGCCUGCAUUAGCGGCGGCCCCGCCUGGCACCCACUCUGGACUCCGGCCCUGGCCGGGGAUCUGUCUGCUUCCCUACCCACAGGGCCUGACUUUUACAGCUUUUCUCUUUUUUUUAAAGUUGAUAGACUUGUACAGUUGACUGGUUUCCUCCCGUUGGUAGUUGAGAUGAUGUUGCAGAUUCCACCCCCUUGCUGCCCAGACCAGAUUGUAGCUUAGUCUCUCCGCUCGGCCGACCAGGGUGGAGGCCACACCCUGCUUGGGACCUGGUGGGAGUUGGGGGUUCCGGUGGGAAAAUGUUCCCCCAUCACUUUUCCUAGUUUUAUGUUUCUUGGAAAAAUAUCACUUUGUAUUCUCUAUCCAGGGCUUCAGAUAUUUUGCACGAAUUUUAAAACAUGGCAAUAAAUGGCUCGUGGGCUCUGGC